GAAAUAGCAUCUCUCAAAAGCCAGCCCUUCUCAACCUUUUUUUUAAAUGGAUUUGCCCGGACCCUCAAAGUCAGAGAUUCUAUUAGCCGACGUCAAGCCAUAUAAACAAUCCGAAUCAACCUCGGCAUUCGGUUUUCCGGAAGAAGAUGUGAUCAAUUUUAUCAAUGAUAGCCAGAUGUCGCAGGGCGACGCUCGUGACUUUAUGUUAUUUCUGACGUAUUCAAAUCAUCUACUACAAGCAACGAACGGAUCUGCAAACAUAGAUCUGGAAUGUGGCACAGCACUAAUUACCGUUAUCAAUCAACUAAAUGGAAGAAAAGCUAGCUGCUCAAGAGGUGCUGAAGGUCAAGCCAAUGUUCAGUCUGAAAACAAGCAAAUACUACCUUUACUUCCUCUGUAUAAUUCUACACUUUCCCAGACUAAUGAUAAUUUACAAGAGUGCAAACGGGUUUUCGCAAAGCACAAUGAUGCCAAAUUUUACCCAAAUAUUAUAUGUGUUAUCUGCAAAGAAUGGAUCUGCUCUAGAAAUCGCCGCCUUCAUAUCGCUGCUCACUUUGGAUAUCGCAAAUAUGGAUGUUCCGCUUGUGAUUUUUCGCACACAAAGGAGAUCUUCGUUGAGACUCACAUUCGCAAGUGUCAUAAACGAAUGGGGUUCGUGCUUCAAAAAGAAGAUCCUGCUGUGGAACGCAGAAUUGAAGAUGUAUGCAAUGGCAGCAUAUCAAUGACAAAGGACUUCCUAAAUGGGCAAUAUAAUGAAAAGACCUAUGCAAGCUAUGUAAAUAUAUGUACAGACCGAAGCCAGAUUGAAAAUAAAGAGAGAAGAAGUCGAACGCGAGUGCUCAGUGCCGUGACUGAAGCCUCAAACAGACAAAAACUAUGACGAACACCCAUGAUCCCAUUCUUGAUUUUGAUCUAUGUCUUCUCACAAUCAGAAUAAAUGUGCAUG